AUGGAUUCCUUUGGGCAACCUAGAGCAGAAGAUAACCAGUCAGUAGUGAGCAGAAUGCAAAAGAAAUACUGGGAAACUAGGCAGGCCCUCAUCAAAGCCACAGGGAAAAAGGAGGAUGAGCACGUGGUGGCAUCUGACGCAGAAGUGGAUGCUAAACUCGAGGUUUUUCACUGCAUUCAAGACACAUGCACUGAACUUAUGAAGAUAGUUGAGAAAUACCAGCUAAGACUCAAUGCUGUAUCAGAGGAAGAAAACCAACUAGGGAUCUUUUUGAAGUCAAAAGCAGAGCGAGAUGCAACGCAAGCUGACAAACUGAUGGAUGCCACUGGCAAGGCACUCUGUUCAUCAGCCAAGCAAAGGUUGGCCCUGUAUACUCCCCUGUCCCGUCUUAAGCAAGAAGUAGCAACAUUCAGCCAGAGGGCGGUAUCCGAUACCCUGACCACCAUUAACCGCAUGGAGCAGGCGCGCACGGAGUACCGAGGGGCUCUGCUGUGGAUGAAGGAUGUGUCCCAGGAGCUGGACCCCGACACCUCAAAGCAAAUGGAAAAGUUCAGAAAAGUCCAGAAGCAAGUGAGAAAUAGCAAAGCUUCUUUUGACAAGUUAAAGAUGGAUGUUUGUCAGAAAGUGGACCUACUCGGCGCCAGCCGCUGCAAUAUGCUCUCCCACUCACUCACUACCUACCAGAGAACGCUGCUGGGAUUCUGGGAGAAAACAGCCCGGGUGAUGUCCCAAAUCCACGGGGCCUGCACUGGCUCACACCCGUAUGGCUUUGUGGCCCUCAAGCAGCUCCAAGACACUUCGAGCACACCUGAGGGAGACCACAAGGAAGAACAGGUAGAAGGCAGUCCAUUCCCUGAACCCCUCAGCAGGUUAGUUUUGUCAGAUGAGGAAGUGAGCUUGAGAAGUGAAUCAGUUGCAAAAGAUUUACCUGGAGAUACACUGGAAGAUGAUUUUGAGAAGGAAUUCUCAUUUCUGAACAACCUCCUAAGUCCUGCUUCUUUGAGUUCUAGUGAAUUUACUCAAGAAAGCCAGCCUGCCUUUGGGAGCCUCACGUUCCAGGAGCCUUCCGUGGGGUCCGAGCCUCUUGCUCACUCCCAACGAUUCCUUCCUUCCCGUCUCUUCGACCUUGGCCUUCAUGCUGCUGGAGCCUCCAACACCUGGGCCUCCAGAGGGGGAUCUGAACCUCUCUCACACACUGAUAAUCAGCCAGUGUCUUCACAGAGUCCAAAGAAAUCAACAAAAGCUUCCAGCAAUGGAAACCAAGGCAUGUCAGCCUGGUUCAACCUGUUUGCAGACAUGGAUCCGCUUUCAAACCCAGAUGCCAUUGGACACUCGGAUGACGAACUUCUCAAUGCUUGA